GGGGCGAGCUGCGGGCCGGCGGACGAUGCGGCGGCGCUGCCGGAGCGGCGGCGGCGGCGGCGGCGGGCGGCGGCGGCGGAGGUGACGCGCCGCGGCGGCGGGCCGACGGCCAUGCAGCGCUCCCGGACGGCCGCGGACGAAGCGGCUCUGCUCCUGGCCGGGCUGGGCCUGCGCGAGCCGGAGCCGACCGCCGGCUCCCCGGGGCGCGUGCGGCGCGGGCCGCGGACGGCGGACGAGGCGGCGCCGGCGGCGGGCCGCAGAGGCAAGGGCGGCGGCGGCGGCGGCCCCGAGGCCUCGCCCGACGGCCCGAGCCGGCCCGAGCGAGGCCCGCGCGCCAGCCUGGCGGGCUCGGACGGCGGCAGCGCGCGCUCCAGCGGUAUCAGCCUGGGCUACGACCAGCGCCACGGCCCCGGCCCCGGGCCGCCGUCGGGCGGCAGCGCGCGCUCCAGCGUGUCCAGCCUGGGCUCCCGCGGCUCGGCGGGCGCCUACGCAGACCUGCUGCCGCCCGGCGGCGGCCCCGCGCCCGCCCGCUCCCCGGAGCCUGCCCCGUUCCCGUUCCCGUUGCCGUCGCUGCCGCUGCCCCCGGGGCGGGAGGGCGGCCCGAGCGCGGCCGAGCGGCGGCUGGAGGCGCUCACGCGGGAGCUGGAGCGCGCGCUCGAGGCGCGCACGGCGCGAGACUAUUUCGGCAUUUGUAUCAAGUGCGGGCUUGGCAUCUACGGAGCGAGGCAAGCGUGCCAGGCGAUGGGGGGCCUAUAUCACACCGACUGCUUCACCUGUGACUCCUGCGGGAGACGGCUCCGCGGGAAGGCCUUCUAUAACGUGGGCGAGAAAGUGUUCUGCCAGGAGGACUUCCUGUACUCCGGGUUCCAGCAAACAGCUGACAAGUGUAGCGUGUGUGGACACCUCAUCAUGGAGAUGAUCCUGCAGGCCCUUGGCAAGUCCUAUCACCCGGGCUGCUUCCGCUGCUCCGUGUGCAACGAGUGUCUGGACGGGGUUCCCUUCACCGUGGACGUGGAGAGCAACAUCUACUGCGUCAGAGACUAUCACACGGUGUUCGCACCAAAAUGUGCCUCCUGUGCCCGCCCCAUCCUCCCUGCACAGGGCUGUGAGACAACCAUCCGUGUGGUGUCCAUGGACAGAGACUACCACGUGGAGUGUUACCAUUGUGAGCCAACGUCCGUGACCCACUGAACAACCAGUAACUGCCCACCCCACCUCUCGGGAUCGAGGGUGUUUACAUUACCUCCUGCUGUCUGGGGCAACAGCUUCUUUUGGGGACCCUAAGAAAACCGUGAUAUUGGCUGAGUCCUGGGAGAGCUGGCUGCUUCAUUAGCUGUACAGGAGGUACGGGCCUAGCUGAGGCCGGCUGUCAGGCUGGACCACCUGGGGCUAGCCACUGUGACACUGUCCUGGGUGCAAGUUUUGAGGAAACAUGAGGACCUGGCAGGUGGCUGGAACAGAUAAAGAAGAGAGAAUCUUGCCAAGGCUGCUCUGACUUCAUUGCUGUGUCUCUUUGCUCUGCAAACCCAACUUUUAAAGGCGACAUAAGGGCAUCUCCGUAGUAACACACAUCUGGAAUGUGCAGGGUGCACAGAUCAGCGAAUGGCGACUCUCCGCCCUGCGCUGGAGCAGGUGGAAGGCACCUGUCAGUCUUUGCGUCAGUCAGAAGUGCAUAACCAAACUCUAGAUGGGUGCUCUAAGUCCCCACCCGUGCCCCAUGACAGGAUGGCAUGCAGUCACAAGUCAAUAACACUGAUUUGCCGUGUGGCUGGCCCUCCAAGCUGUUCCUGCAUUGGAGGAUCAGCAUUUGAAUCACCUGUUUUGUUCCUCUGGAUCUCUUCUUCCGAGUCUGCAGCCAAGAUUUCAGGAGGUCUCUCAUGGUCAGUCUAAUCUUGAUGAACUGUGAAGGAAUCCAUAGCUUUCAUAACCUCUUCCCCAGUGCAGCACAUUUCCUGACUGCCAUUAAGGUUAACACGUCUUCAUAGUCUGUAGGCUGAUUUUAACUCAGCAGUCUUCUCUAAGAUCCAUUGUUUUUCAGCAGCUGUGUUACCUGUAAUCUAUCUUUAGGGGAGCUCAUCCCCUUUCUGUUCACGAACAUGGCCUUUAAAGCAUGGUUAGGGCUCUCCACAAUUGGCCUGCAGGGUUAUAAAGUAUGCCUUCGACGUGUUUCAUAUUGUAACUGAAGGAUGUUUUAUUUUACUGGAUACAUAUACCAGAGCAUUAUCAGCUUUAAUUUGUGAAGGUGUUGCUAAGAUGGCCAUCUUUUCUAAUAAACCUGUAAUUAUAGAAUCAACCUUUAUCAGAACUAAAAGCAAAAGUCCAUUGGAAUCCCGAGUCAGUAUCAAUUGUAUGAUGUACAUACUUUAAUUUUCCAAAUUCUGUAAAAUGAAACACAUCCAUCUGCCACAUUUCCUUUCUUUGGGUCCCUUUAGGGUUCGUUCCGGCAGGUAAUGGAGUUUGGUUAUACAGAGAACAAGUUGGACAGUUUUUUUCAUAAUUUACUUGUCUUGUUACCAGGUUACAGAAAUAUUCCCUUUAAAUUUCCACUAUUUACGUGAUGCCUUUUAUGAAAAUUUGAAACUUCUAAUAGUCCUGAUUUUUUUAACUGAAGUACAUGGGCUUCAGAUUAUUUUACUUUUAUUCUCUGACUUAUAACCUGCCAUCCCUCAUUUACUGGCAUCUGUAUAAAAGGUAGGAGCUUUAGAAAUUGGUAUUCCUUACUAUAUGAGGUAGAAUCCAACUGGUUCUUUAAAUUGAAGUUGCCUCUUUGGGGGGCUUGUUAAUUCCUCCAAAGAAAUGACUUCAAGCUCUUUUCCCCCCUUCUGUGUCUGUGUGUUUUUGUUUGUUUUUUGUGUUUGUUUGUUUGUUUGUUUUCGAAAAAGGGCUUUUCUGUGUAGACCUGCCUGUCCUGGAACUCACUCUGUAGACCAGAUUGACCUCAAACUCACAGAGAUCCACCUGCCUCUGCCUCCCGAGUGCUAGGAUUAAAAGUGUGUGCCACCACCACCCAGCUAUCUUAUAUCUUUCAGAAUCAGUCCAGAAAGUUUUUCUGAAAUUUUUUACUCUGUGCUAAAUAUCCAUUCUAAAAUAUCAUCUCCUCUCUGCAUAAGAAUUCCUGUGGGAGAAUAGUAGAAGGCAAAAUAACUAAGAUGCAAUCAAUCUUGGGAUCCAAGCGGGCCGCAUGUAAUCUCAUUUCUAGCAGAGCCAAUUCUCUCCCAGCUUCGGCUGGUAAUUUUCUUGGACUGUUUACGUCCAAAUCACCUCGUACGGUCUGAAAUGAAUUACUUAGCUCUUGAGUAGCUAACCCAGGUGUGGUCCACAUCCACUUAAUAUUUCCCAGCAAUUUUUGAAAAUCAUCAAGAGUUUGUAACUGAUCUCUUACCUGUCUCUUUUGUGGCUGGAUUUUCUGUAGGCCUAUGUUAUAUCCUAGAUAAUUAGUAGAAUCUCCUCUUUGUGUUUUUUCAUUAGCAAUUUGUUAUUCCCAACAAGGCAAAAUUCCCUUUACUUCAAUAAACAGUUUUUCUAAGGUAUCAGAAGCAGCCAGUAAGACACCAUGCAUAUGAUGAUAAAUUAUAGACUGAGGAAACUUUACAGAUACUUCUAACAGCUGUUGUACAGAAUAUUAGCAGAAGGCGGGGCUGUUUAACAUCGUGUGGCAAGACCUACCACUGGUGCCUUUUAGACUGUUGCUGAUGGUCAAACAUGAGGGCAGUGAAAACAACAUUUUCUCUCCUGUUUAAAAGCAAUCUUUUAAAUCAAUCAGGAUAGUAGGCCACGCCUUAGGUAACAGAGAAGUUAAAGGGACUCCAGGUUGUAAGGGACCUCUAGGCCGAAUACUUUAUUGCAGGCUCUCGGAUCUUUUAGCAUCCUCCAUCUUCCAGAUUUCUUCUUAAUGACAAAUACAGAAUUUCAAAGGUUGGUGGGCUCUUCUAGCAGCCUCCACUUGCUCUUGAGUAGCUGUAACUUUUCCUUAGUCGAUGGCCACUGCCCUACCCAGACAGGUUUGCUAGUUAACCGUUUUAAUGGUAGGGCGGCGACAGCACCAUAUACAUUUGGAGCGCUAACAUCUGUUGUGUCCUGCCUGUGGACAGCCCGGAUGGUCUGUGACUGUUUCUGAUAACAUCUUUCAGUACCUUUAUCAGGAACAUCUUAUGUUAUGGAUCGUUUCUGAAGUUGCCAGAAUGUUAAUCUGUGUUUUCUGUUAUUGUAGUAGAUCUCUUUCCCAUAAAUUCAUGGCUACAUGUGCCACAUACAGUCAAGAGUCUUCCCGUUUGACCUUUUAGUCCUAUAUAUUAAUCCAUUUUAGACCUUGUUUUACCUGAGACAGUGCCCCAAUUCCUAGGAGCUGGGUAGAUAGAUGCCUUUUGAAGUGGCAAAGCUGGAUUCCAGGAAUCUUGGGAAAUUACCAUUACAUCUGCCUUGGCAUCAAAGAGUGUUCAUGCUUUCAACCCUGAUCAGGAUAUCUGUUCGUGUCUGUUUUAGGAGGGCCAGUGGAAAGGCCUCUUCAGGUCCUUUGGAGGAAUUACCCCGGCCAAACAGGUGGUCGUAAUUCCAGUUUGUUAAUUGAGCAGGGGGUUUUGUCCUUGUUGUAGUCCCACCUGUUGAUUAAGUAUUUUAUGUUUCCAAGCUGUGGGUAGUUGUGUCCUGCACCCCUGAGAUUAUAAAGCUGGCUGUUGGGGGAGGUGCCGCAGGUGGAGAUGGCCUUGCACUGUCGAGGCUGCAGGAGUGGGGGAGGGUUCCUCUCAGUGCUUUUGAAAGCCUUGGUCUUUCUAGGGUUCUUGCUCUCCAUGGCCAACGGGAGUCAGGGGCUUUGUUCCCUGCGGCCAGUGAAGGCUCCGAAGGGAGGUAGAGAGGGGAGAGCAGUUGUGGACGGGAAAGCAGCUUUUGUUUAAUAAGUUGUCCUAUGUCGAAUGUGGCUAGGGGCAUCCCUGUCUAAGGACACUCUCCAGAUGAAGUCAGGCGGAGAACAGGGGACCCUGCUGGGGAGAGGCAGCCCUGUCUGGGCUGGGAGAACUGCAACCUCAAACAACAGGUCCUUCCAGCCACAAACUAAAGGAAAUUUAAACUCUUGAGCUUGGAACUAUGAAAGUGGAUCGGGUAGUAGAAUGCUGUUUUUAUUUUAUUUUUUUCAGAGUUAGAUUAAUAAAUUCUAGUGAAUAAUGUCAAAUCUCUGAACAGUCUUAAUACAACAGUAGCAUAGCAGCAGGAAGACAUCGGAAGCAUUUUUAUCUGAUUAUCUAUUUUGGAUACCUUAAAUCAUCUUUUUAGACCCUCCAACCUUCAGAACUUGUAUUUACCAACCUUAAAACACCUUUUAGACCCACCUUUGUAACUUGUAUUUGCCGGCCUCCAAACACCUUCUUCAACCUUCAACUACUUUCUUUAGAAGCUUUCUUUUAUAACUUUCAGUUACAAACCUUGCAACAGCUUUUUUAAAAAGAUUAUUUAUUUGUCAUGUAGACAGUGUUCUGCCUGCAUGUGAUCUCACUAUAGACGGUUGUGAGCCACCAUGUGGUUGCUGGGAAUUGAACUCAGGACCUCUGGGAGAGCAGCCAGUGCUCUUAACCUCUGGGCCAUCUCUCCAGCCAUUGAACCAUC